CCAAUAGAAUUUAUGAACCAAGUUGUAACCAGCAUCCCAAAGGAGUGGAUGGAACAAAAAAACAAAAGGAAGAUUUCCCCUAGUUGAGAAAGGGACAUCUUCGUUCAUAGCGAGAGAGAAUGUUCGCGAUGAAGAUUUAAUGGAACGAAUUUGACAAUAUUAAAGCACCGUGUCUCUCGAUGAAACGCGUGAAUAAAUCAUGAAUAGAAUAUAGAAUUCGCAGUUUAAAGUUUGUGGAAAAAAAUUGGAAGAAUUCGAAAAGCGGUAACGAGAUUUUUAACAAUCAUAGUCACGUACUAAAAGUAAACAAUCCAUCGAUCACACACGGGACGCCGGCUUCUUUGUUGUGUUUAUGGAAUCGAAACUUCGCUGGCAUACCCAAAGUAAAAUAGAAUAAGAAUCUAUUAACGUGUAAUUCAAAGAGAAGAUCCACCUUCGAGAACGAAAUCUGCAAUAAUGCAGGGCACUAUUAUCGAAAAUCUAAGUGGCAAGAAGCUAUCCGUCCUUGUAUCGCUCCUUGUAAUCGGCCAAAUUAUAUGCUUCCUGAUUGGCGGUUUGAUAGCUCCGACACCGGCGAGCAGUCAAAAUAUUCUCGGAACACCGUGCAAAGACAUCAGGGUAAACGGUUCUGAGCCAGGCGGAGGAAAAUGGUUUUACCCCCGCGGAAAAGGAGCAUGUAUUUCGGUGGACAAAGGCAACUUCGAUUUGGAUGAUCAUUAUCUAGCUCAUCAAGUCGUUUACGCGUUUCAGAUGCCGAUACCGCGAAAUAACAGGCAGCUUGAUUACUCAAGAUGGCAACAAAACUUGAUAGGAGUCUUACAAGUCGAUAUUAUGUAUCACAGCCAGAUGGAAAUCGUUCCGGGAACAAGGAUUACCCUAGAUGCAAGACUGGCUUAUCGAAACAAGGGAGAUCCGGACUAUGCUUGGAAGCCGUACGCGGCCUCUAUAGAGGAGCGUUCGUUGGAUUGCACAAUCGAUCUUAAAACAGACGACUAUAUAUAUAAUUGUAGCGUUGUACCUCUGUUUGAGCUGGGAUCGUUAUUCCAUGACUAUUAUCUCCUCAACGUUCGCUUGCCUGCCGACACAGACAGGAAUAUCAACCAAGGCUUGGGCCAUGUAACCGACUUAUGGCUUACGGUCAUAAACCAGAACGGAGGAUUCACAAAAGUAUGGGUCAGCCUCAAGACAAUUUUCUUCCCAAUAAUAGUGUGCGUUCUUGCAUGGUAUUGGAGAAGAGUUCACAUGCUUUCUAGAUCUCCCGCUUUAUUGGAAUACAUGUUGUUGGUGCUUGGUUCUGCGCUAACGUUUUUGAACAUGCCACUAGAGUAUUUGACACUCGCCUAUGACAUGCCGUUCAUGCUUCUACUCGGCGACAUCAGACAAGGAGUAUUUUACGCUAACCUUCUAUCGUUUUGGCUCAUUUUUGCGGGAGAACAUUUGAUGGUCCAGGAUAGCGAACAGCGCAACUCUCUUAAAUGUUACUGGCGUCAUCUUUCGGCAGUGGGUGUAGGUUGCCUCUCUCUGUUUGUGUUCGACAUGUGCGAACGGGGAAUACAAUUGAGGAAUCCAUUUUAUUCGAUUUGGGUAACAGACAUCGGAACAAAGCUGGCUUUAUCGUUUAUCAUACUUGCUGGGAUUUCCGCUGGUGUCUAUUUGAUGUUUUUGACUUACAUGAUAUGGAAAGUCUUCACGAAUAUUAGUAUAAAGCGUGCUACUCUGCCUAGCAUGAGCGCAGCCAGGCGUUUACAUUACGAAGGAGUUAUUUACCGCUUCAAAUUCCUCAUGAUAGCUACACUGUUGUGCGCGACUUUAACAGUUGUUGGAUUUAUUCUCGGACAGAUGGCUGAAGGCCAAUGGAAAUGGGAUGAGGACUUGGAGCUGGAAGUGACUUCGGCUUUCUUUACAGGCGUUUACGGAAUGUGGAAUAAUUACAUCUUGGCACUGCUAGUCCUCUAUGCACCAUCGCAUAAGCAGUGGCCGAUCGAAACAUCUGACAGUAUUGGCGAGGAGAUAGAAUUCUCUCGCUUACCGACAGACCCUAACGAGAUGUUGUCUCUGACGGCAUUUGCCGGUAAAACAGCAGUCGAGUAGAGAAACAACGUUACGCUAAAUUUUACAAUUUCAACUCAUAUUUUAUUAAUUAUUCGAGAACAAAAGAUUUGAUUAAUUUACUUGAGUUCUCCUAGCUUUAUUUUAUCGACUGUGACACUAAUCUCGGUGUUACUAAUUUUGCGGAAGUGCAGGAAAAAAAUCCUAGUCUACUUUCACAGCCGCUUUGGUCUCUGAAUAUUCAAAGUGCCCGUUUUAUUCGGUUCCGUUACUCUCAUGAAUUUAGCUUGCAUUAUUUGGAACAAAUAUCUUCAUAAUUAAAAUGACUAGGAGUGUCAAACCGGGGAAAAUAAAACUACAGCAAUUUCGCAUUAGCAUACUUUUACGAUGUUAAAAAUUAUGCCCAAUGUUUAUACAGUUUUCUAUCUCCAUAUUAUAAACAUACACUGAUUAGUUCGAUUGAUAUAAGCGAUAAUAUUCCUCCACUGUCGAUAUAGCAAUAGUAUUUAUUAAAAAUAGUCGUGAUAAUUGUCUAAUUAGUAGGGAAUAUAUAUUCGAGUAGAAACACGGUCGAGGUCUAAACGAUAAAGACAAUUAAUAAAAAUUUUCUAGAAUCUUCUCUGUAAGUGCAAAAUUUUAUUUUUUUUCUUUUUUUUUAUUUUUACCAGCGUUAAACUCCAAAACACAGAAAAGUUGAAUUGACCGAUUAAUUCAUUAAGCUUGAUACUUAAGAUUUUCAGGAAAAUCAUUGUUUCUUUCCUUUUUAUACAUCUCAGUAUUAUUGGGCAUUUAUUAUCAUUACUUAAUUAUUGACCUCGACCAAGUAAAAUGCAUUUAUCCAGAAAUGUAGACUUAAUAUUUAUCAGUAUUCAAAGUUCGUUUGUAAGUCAAGCAUCGCGGCUGAUCUGCUUAAUGUUGUAAGUUUUUACUUAUUUUUCUCUUUUAUUUUGUGUUUCCUGUUAUUUCUUAAUCACACCUUAGGCCCUGCAAUUAAAGUAUCUUAGAGAUUCCUAAAUUUAUCUUUCUUUCUAUUCUUAUUGCGUACAAUUAGGUAAUUGAGAGAGGAGCAGCUGUAUUUUAAAUAAUUUUUUCAUGUUUAACAUUUUUAUUUGUCAAUAUACCAAGUAAGCUCAUGUUUGAUGUUCCUUUACUUUAAAAUCCCGAAAUUAUUACUAUUGAUAUCUAAAUAUGUGUUAGCAUUUACCACGACAAAAUGUAAUAACGAAGAUAUCCUAAUUCCUUUGUUUUGGAAUAAUGUAUAACUAGCGUUAGUGAUUGUCGUAAAAUAGUAUGAACAUCGCUCAGUACAUACACGUAUUAAAAAGUUUUUAUAAAUGUAACUACAACUUUUAUAUGUUCAUAUCUUUAGAAUAAAAGUAUUAAUGAACCAUUAA